ACACAGAUAUAAAAGAUGAGAGGAGAAUUACUUGGAUUGCUUUUUCUUUUGAAAUAUUGCAUUUGCGACUAUGUUCAGAACUUUGAUGGAGACAUCAGGGACUUUGUAGUUGGUAACAGUAGAUUGUUUGUUCUUACUGACCGUCGACUACAUCAGAUGAGACACGAUCUAUCUCUGGAAAAGACUAAGGAUUUGGAUGCCACACAUCCAAACACAGUUACACUUCUGGUGCCUUUUGAGGCUAACAGGACCCUGAUUACAUGCGGAACAUCUAACGGUGGAUACUGUGAAGUUCUUGAUCUCAAUGAUAUUACAAACAGCAUUUACUGGGAAAGCAAAUCUAGUGUACCACAGACAAAUGAGAAAUCCAUAGCAUUCAUAGUGGACAGCAGUCCUAAUGGUGCUUACCUGUUGGUUGGGAAGAAGGACUAUUCUCAAAAAGAAAUAGUCAGUUUAUGGAACACUUUAAAUGAUCAAAAAGGGUUAAUUUUCUCCCAAAUAGGCGAUGGAGAUACCCCUUACAUUCAUACAACAAGAUAUGUGGAGUUUAUAGAUGGGUUUCAGAUCAUUUUGCUCAAACUAUUGUACCUGUUUCUCAACACAAAGACUGAGUCCGGUCGGCAAGCGUUUGCUCUCAGACUAAACAACGACAGAACAAAGGAUGGCAUUCUGAGGAACAUAUAUGGAACCAUGCUGAAAUGCUGUAAUGAUAAAUCUCGUCCUGUCCUCGUCGCAUCAGCUCUUAUUUCUUCAGAUAAAGCUGUGAUCUGGACAGGUGUCUUCAGUGCGCAAAAUGAUCCAGAGGACACCGCACUCGCUGUUUAUGACCUCAGUAAUGUUAAUGACAAAGUUAAGGAUUUCUGCUCUAACAGGAAGAAACCAUGUCCUUCUGAGAACGAUCAUACACGUGAGCCACUAGCAGUAGUUUUCAAAUACAAGUCAAUGAGUUCAGUAGCAGCAGUUAGGAGUGGAUCUUGGAUUGUGCUCUUCAUUGGAACCAAAGAUGGACAACUAAUAAAGCUUGUGUUGAAUGAGAAAUUCAGUCCAGGCUGUCCCACAGUGCUGUACAGAUCUGAUGAUGAUCAAGAAGUGCUUCCCAGGAUGCAUUUAGAUCCAGUAGAUAACAAACAUAUCUACAUAGCUCUGAAAAACCAGAUGAGAAGAGUUCCUGUGGUUCAAUGUGUUAAACAUAACUCUCUGAAAGACUGCAGAGCUGCGCUGGAUCCUCUCUGUGGUUGGUGUGUUGAGACACGCAGAUGCUCGACCCAGGAUGAAUGCUUGAUCUCUGCAUGGAUAUCCUUCCCAAAUAACUCCAUUCAGAAACCACUGCUGUCUUUUCAGGUGGCAAAGAAAUCCUCUAGAGAGAUGACUCUACAUCUCACAUUGAGUUUGGACAGCACACAAAAUCCUGCCAUCUUUUCAUGUACAUUCACCACAGCGGGUGUGAACCUGUGUGAUAGAUCUGAUCCUCCUGCAGUUUUUCCAAACUGCUCCUGUGGUUUUUCAGACCAGCUUCUGUCUGAAGGUUUGAAGAUUUUAGCUUCAGUUAUGGUUGAGGAUCAGAAGAUCACAGAGACCCUGAUGCUGAAGAACUGCCCCACUAUUACAGAUAAUUCACCAAAGACUUCUUAUACACAGUGUGUGCAGUGCGUCUCAGCUGGAUGUCAUUGGUCCUCUUCUGUCAAGCGUUGUGACUGGACACAUGGUCCUGAACCACAAUUACAUAUACAGGAUGUUUGCAAAGAUUUACACUCUGAUACAGACUACAAAGAGCCAGAGAUUCUCUCUAUAGAGCCAAACAGAGUUUCUUUCCAUGGCAGAAACAAUGUUUUACUAACAGGAAGGAACCUGGGAUCUGUCACCAAAAUCCGUAUUCAAGGGGAUCUGGACUGCUUUCCAAAUGAGUCUCCUGUGUUUGAUCGUUCGAGUGACAGUCUAAGGUUCCACAUUCCUCCCAGUAAAACUAAAGGAACAGCAAAAGUGUGUGCUGUUACUGAUGAUGAUCGUUGUCAUGGUAACAGCAUCAUCACUUACAGUUCCCAACCCAGCUGCACAGAAAUACAACCCAAAGUCACAUGGAGAAGUGGUGGAAGGAAGAUUCACGUACAGGGAAACAAUAUGGAGUUUGUGGAAUCAAUCAUUAUUCAUCCCUUAAAUAAAGAGCUCAAAACACAAUACAACACAAGCUCAAAGGAUUUAUGGUUUUACACCCACCCUUAUGAUGGCAAUGGUCUCAUUAAUAUUAUGUUGAAAGUUGGGAACGUCACUUUAGACUGUGCUAGUUUGACCCAACAGCCUAAUCCAGAGUUCAUUGGAUUUACAACUGCACACCUUGACAAUGAUGUACUGGUGAUUAUAAAGAAAAAUGCAGAUCAGUUGAAUUUGAGUAUGAAUGAGGUGAAGGUGUCUGGUGUAGAUGGAGAUGAUAAAUAUGAUUGUGUUCUGGAAAAGAUUUCCUCUCAAACCAUUACAUGUUUGAUUAAAGGAGCCCUGAUCUCAGUUGACUCUGUUACUAUCAGGGUUGGAAAAUCAUUUGGUCUUACGAUGGGACAAAGCAGUACAAAAUAUUUGUUUUGCAUUAGACCACAGGACACAUCUGGUUAAGCAUGAAGGGGCAAAGGAAUAAAACUUUCUAUAAUUUUCUAAGGCUAGAGAAAACUACACCUUUAAUAAUCAAAUUGUUUCAUGUUACAUUUUUUUAAAUUGAUAUUUCCUGUAAUAUUGCUGUUUUUAACAUUUGUAAUUAUUUGAUCAGCUCUAACACAAUACAGUAUCUAAUGUUUUUUUUUUGAUUCAGUAGCCACUGAGACCCAUUUAUAGAUUCCAUAAUUGAAAAAAAAAAUAGUGUUCUGUUCUCUAAACACCAGGUGGCGCUCUAUACUUACUCAUUAAGUGUACAGUACUGUACAUUGUUUCAAUUUAAAACAGUAAAACUUCAGUCUGUUUAGUAGGCUACUGUUGUUUUUUGAUAAUGUGAUUUAAUUAUUGUCUUAUUUCAGUUGUUCAACUACACAGAUCUGUUUUUCUCUUAUGUGUUCACUCAUAGAUUACUCAACAGAUCUUAUAAGAAUAGUGUAUUUUUACAUAAAGUGUGGUUUGUGACGAGCCAGCGUGACCUCACGUAAUUGCGUAAUUAUGUGGAAAGGUCACGUGUUACAUGAAACGCACAUUUGCGGACAAUUUUAAACAAUAAACUGACACAAAG